AUGCAAUUAUUUCUAAUUGGAUAUAUUGUCAUUGAGAUCUGUGAGAUUUUCACUGUGGGAGGUUUUCCGUUGGAUACAGAUGUCCGAAAGGGGUUCUCGGCCGUCCACCUCGCCGCCAUUACGGCUACUAUUUGGAUUCUUUUCCUGAACGCAAUUGUCGGCUUUCAACUUCUCGAUGACGGUACACCCGCUUCCAUUGGUCUCUUCCUGGCAUCUGCCUUGGUGCUAUUUAUCGGCACGGGCUAUAUUGCCUUGGACACGGGCUUUAGCUGGACCGGUCAAUUUGAUUCGAGUCUAUCGGGCUCCCACCGGAAUAUUGCACUCUAUGUGUUGUACCAGCUGUUCCCGCUUGUCUGCAUCUUUUUCUACUAUGUUUUGCAAGCUUUUGUGGUCAUCCGAAUUCUGGGCGAGAUUCGGCCAAUGCUAACCCUAACGCUAGCUGCCGUCCUUUUUGCAAUCGGCCAGGUUUUCACCUACUUGAUCAGUCCGCAUCUCUGUUCUGCGUCUCAUGGCAGGAUCAAUGGCGCCUUAUUCGAAACGCUAUUCACUCUAUUGGCGGUUGUUGCUGUUUGGCUGUUUUGGAGCAGUAUAACGGAGGAUGACUGGCCCGUGCCCUCUGGCGUAGAAGGAUACGAUAAUUGA